GCUUACCGAGUUUGCUCUGUAGACUGCUAGCGCUUGUCCUCCUCCCUCCCUGUAGACUCAUUUUUCAGUGAUCCGCUCCUAGACCUAAAAUUAGAGAGGAUAAUGAACCCAUGGCUACUUUGGAGCGCCGUGUCGCAUACUGCUAGGUUAUCAACAGCCCUACAGAUCUUACUCUUUUUGCCGUUAACGCUAGCGACCCUUUCAACGCAAGCCUUUCUCUUGUUGUCACUUCUCCUUUCGAUUCACUCCCUCAUUCAUGGAACUCUCAUAUUGCUCUGGGGAUCCAAUGCACUCUCUGUCAUGCAGGUGCCGAUGCACCCUUUCCUCCUCCUCGUUACUUUCAAUGCUUUCUCGCAAUCCGCACAACCUUGGCUUGCCACCGCAGUCUAUUGGUGGGGGAAACUACUCACGUUUUGCGGUCCUUCCUACGUGGCCAUGGAAGGUCUGUCCAGUCUACUGUUCGCGCAGAAAGCGGGUCAAAUAGGCAGAGGCAUUGCGGAUGAAGCAGAAAGUUACCAGUUCGCGAUUCUCAUCGCAGCAGCUGCGGCAUUUGUCGCAGCUGCGUGGUGGGUUGUCAUCGCAUACCCUGCAGCUGCCGCAUCUCCUUUGUCAUCCACGCUAUUGGGUGUAGCAUUGACGGCAUUCCUGUUCCUCGUUCUGAUUGGUUUCCGGUUACGACGCACCAACGUUGUCGAGGCCUCUCUCCUUGCACUCUUCCUGGCAUAUAACGUGUGGCUCUGCGGGUUUGAUCAAACAUCAUUCUCGGACCCUGCUUCCUCCUAUGCCCCUCUGCUUUCGAAUAUCCUUCCACACUUGCAGACACUUGUGAACUUCAUCACCAAUACCCUGCCUAAGCCAGUACUCGUCGCACUACUCUAUCGUCUUUCAAUAUUGCAAGUUGCAUCACGUAUUUUACCCACCAUCGGUGCUGAUAACUGGGAGUCGGACCAAGAUGUGAAUGAUGGCCGACCGACUUCGAUUAUGACACGCAUCCUUCUCACAUAUAGACAGCUAAUCUUUGUCAUGGUAUACUCGCACCUUCUUCUUCUUGAUCCCUCUUCACAAGUCUGGUGGCGGUGGGCAAAUAUCAUGUUUACUCUAUUCCUUUGGGCUGUGGAACUCGUAGUCAGCCCCGAUGGAGACGAUGAUUCGGCAAAGUGGAAAGUCGACUAGUUCUGUCGUCCCUCUGGAAAACCGAUCUCUAUG